AGAAGCGCGCGGAGCACUGGAGGGCACGCAGCUGACGGAGCUGCGCUGCGUUCGCCUCGUCUGCCUCGCGCCUUCCACUGGAGCUGUCCGCGCCUCCCAGCUCCCACCGCAGCCCACCCGGCAGAGGAGUCACUACCAGCGCCUAGUGCGCUCUGUCAGUCCGCAAAGUCCCUGCUGCUCGCUCCGGGCUUGGCACCAAACACCAGGCUACCAUGGUCUGCAAGACUCUCUUCGCUCUUUGCAUCUUAACGUCAGGAUGGAGGGUACAGAGUCUGCCGACAUCAGCUGCUUUGCCCGUUUCUCUUCCGGCAAACACUAUGCCACCGAUCACCAUCUGGACUAGCUCUCCACAAAACACUGAUGCAGACACUGCCUCCCCAUCCAAUGGCACUCACAGCAACUCAGUGCUCCCAGUUACAGCAUCAGCCCCAACAUCUCUGCUUCCUAAGAACAUUUCCACAGAGUCCAGUGAAGAGGAGAUCACCAGCCCAGGUUCGAAUUGGGAAGGCACAAACACAGACCCCUCACCUCCUGGGUUCUCAUCAACAAGCGGAGGAGUCCACUUAACAACCACUUCGGAGGAACGCAGCUCGGGCACUCCUGAAGCAGGCGUGGCAGCUACAGUGUCGCAUUCCUCUGCUGAGCCUCCCACACUCAUCUCCCCUCAAGCUCCAGCCUCAUCACCCUCAUCCCUAUCAACCUCACCACCUGAGGUUUUUUCUGCCUCCGUUACUACCAACCACAGCUCCACUGUGACCAGCACCCAACCUACUGGAGCUCCAACUGCAUCAGAGUCACCGACAGAGGAGUCCAACUCUGACCACACACCCACCUCACAUGCCACAGCUGAGCCAGUGCCCCAGGAGAAAACAUCCCCAACAACUGUGUCAGGCAAAGUGAUGUGCGAGCUUAUAGACAUGGAGACCACCACCACCUUUCCCAGGGUGAUCAUGCAGGAAGUAGAACAUGCAUUAAGUUCAGGCAGCAUCGCCGCCAUUACCGUGACAGUCAUUGCCGUGGUGCUGCUGGUGUUUGGAGUUGCGGCCUACCUAAAGAUCAGGCAUUCCUCCUAUGGAAGGCUUUUGGACGACCACGACUACGGGUCCUGGGGAAACUACAACAACCCCCUGUACGAUGACUCCUAACAACGGAAUAUGGCCUGGGAUGAGGAUUAACUGUUCUUUAUUUAUAAGUGCUUAUCCAGUAGAAUUAAUAAGUACCUGAUGCGCAUUGAACGACAAUCUUAAGUCCUGUUUUGUUGGUAUGGUUGUUUUUGUUUUCCUCCCUCUCCUCUGGCUGCUACAACUUCCCCUUUCUGGUACAAAAAAAUCCAUUCUUUAAAGGUGAGUGGAGGCUGAUUUGCAGCUGAAGUGGGCCAGCCUUGCACCAGCCAGGCCAGACCACCAUGGUGGAGGCUUCUUUCCCCACUGCAGGACCCACUUUGAGAAGGACCGAGGAGGAGGAUUUGGGUUGUUUUGUCAGGGGUUACUUUCAGGGGAACAUUUCAUUUGUGUUAUUUCUUAAACUUCUAUUUAGGAAAUUACAUUAAAUAUUAAUGAGGGAAAAGGAAACGAGCUCUAUGAGGAUUUCACCCUGCAUGGGAGAGAGCAGGGUUUUCUCAGAUUCCUUUUUAAUCUCUAUUUAUCUGGUUGUUUCUGACAGGAUGCUGCCUGCUUGGCUCUACAAGCUGGAAAGCAGCUUCUUAGCUGCCUAAUUAAUGAAAGAUGAAAAUAGGAAGUGCCCUGGAGGAGGCCAGCAGGUCACAGGGCAGAAUCUCGCAGGUUGCUGUGGGAUCUCAGUGUGCCCCUACUACCUGUUCUCCCCUCCAGGCCAGCUGUCUCUGUACAGGAUGUCUGAUCUGUUCAAAAGGCAGCUGGGAUCCCAGCCCACAAAUGAUCAGCAGAGUUGCAUUUCCAAAGAAAAAGGCUAUGAGAUGAGCUGAGUUAUAGAGAGAAAGGGAGAGGCAUGUACAGUGUGGGGAAGUGGAAGAGAAGCUGGCGGGGGGAGAAGGAGGCUGACCUGCACUGAGUACCUCAUUAGGACUAGUGAGAAUCAGCUGUCGAUAAUGGCCGGAGACAUCCACAGCUUGGAGGAGCCCAGAAACUCUUUGCUUUACACCCACACAGCAACUGGUCCACUGCUUUACUGUCUGUUGGAUAAUGGCUGUAAACUGCUUAAACACAAAACAGAACAAAAAAGAGGCACUAGUCUAUCUGCAAUUACUCAAUGAGGCAUUUUCAUAGGAAACAGACUAUGAUUAAUCCGUUUAUUCUUCCCACACACUUACCUUACUAAUUUUUCCCUUUAAUAAAUGAGCAACUCUGGGUAUAGUCUUAAAGUUCUGCACAAUAAAUUUUGAGAAAGAAUUGUUCCUCUUUGUUGGCAUCCAUGUAUUGCAAUCAUUCUCAGCCAGGAGGUGAUUUCGUCCCCUGCCUCCACCCUAGGGACUUUCAAAAAUGUCUGGUGACACUUUUCGUUGUCAUGACUUGGGGGUGCUACUAGAGACCAGGAAUGCUGCCAAACAUUCUACCAUGCACAGCAUAACCUGCAACAGCAAAGAAUCAUCCACCCCAGAAUAUCAAUAGUGCUGAGACUGAGAAGCCCUGAUUUAUCACAGUGCCCACUGUGACAGAACAAGACACUCACAGAUUAGUGAUACGUUUUACUGUUAAUAAAGUGAAAUGAUCUGUUAAGUUUUUAUCUCCAAAGUGUUUAGUUUAUUGGCUGAUGGGUUAUUCUUGGUAUGCAUGGUGACCUUUUUAUUUCUGUGUGCUUCCUAGAGAGCUUUAUUUCGUGGCUACAACUCUGUCUUCUUGUAACAGCUGACAUUAGCAAGCAGCAUCUAUGUCCUGAUUUCAUGUAGUAGAAAACAAACAUUGGCUCCGACUUCAAAAUGUGUUAUAUUGUCCUACAGUGUCAUAAAGAACCUGAAAAUGGACUUUUGUUUCUAAAGUUGGACCUUGCUGUCAUGACUGUUUAGUUUACAGAAACUUGACCCCGGCUUGUCCUGUCUCUGGCUGUGGCCCGGCAAAGCACUGACAUGAAAACCACCCUUGCUUUUCUAAACCCCUCUGGUCUCAGAGACAAUAGGGGCAGUGCCACUUUCUACAACCUGCCAACCCACGCACUGGAGUAAUUCUAAAAAAAAAUUAUUCCUAAACUCUCUAAGUGCAGACGGAGAAUGAGCAAGCCCCAGCGGUGUUUUACAACCAGGGUGGGUAAUGAGGAGGGGCUUACUGGAAUUGUGAUAUCUCUGAAUAUUGAAAACAACAACCAAACAAGUUACCUUCUCAGAAAAAAAGGGCAGCAAAUGACCAAGGGCGCCCCUUCUGGCCGUGCUUGGCUUGAGUAACUGUCUCUCUUUCCCCACCCCCAUCAUAGGGCUUUCAGUUUGGCAAAGGAAAAGCAGAUAAAAACAGGACAUUCCAUAUGUUGUUUUCUCCAUUGGCCAAAAACAUUUUGACAUAGUGUUUGUGAAACACCUUUGGAGAGGUGCACUUCUGAUUGCUGCCUCUGCCGUAAAUGCUGGGGCAAGCCUCUUCCCAGGAACCAUGGCCUUCUAUAAACCGUGAACUCAAGCAGGCAUUUUUUUUUUUUUUACUGAAGGCUGCUACUGUGCAAGGGCACGUAAUGGGUUUGUUGCUCUUAUUGGCUUCCAAAUGUGUGUGGCAAAGACAGAGAUGUGGGCCUAGAGCAGAUGUAUUCAGCAAGGCGACAGUUUCCCAUAACAAUUCUAACACUUCUUAUGUUAUGUGAGUGUAAAAUAUGUAAGGGUUGAACCUUAUUUUGCCAAAUGUAUCUUUUCUGCUUUUGAAUUGCCCAAAGGAUUUUAGCAACUAUAUUCUACAAAUGUUACUUAAAACACACACACACACACACACACACACACACACACACACACACACACAUCUGAAAUAUAUACCGAAAAUUGACAUCCUUGACCUCAGGGAGAGCAGCUGUUCAGGUCUACCUACGGGAAAUGGCUCCAGUGGGUCUAUACAACCAUGUCCCAUCCAUGGAUAGGUCUAGUCGUAACACUUUAGAGAGAAUGUCAGAGCAGGAGGGAGGCAAGCUGCCUCUUUUCGACCAUCGACUGCAGAUGAUGAAAGAGCAGGAUUCUACUCUGUUUUCUUUUUCUGUGGCCACAGUGAAAUCUCCUGCCCUCCCUGCAUGUCUGUGUCUUCAUUUCUAAAAUGGGGGUGAUGCUUUCAUAUUGACCUCACCCCAUACUACCUCACAGAUGUGUUGUGAGGAUUAAUAAAAUUACGUCUACGGUAUUUUCAGUUUCUGGAGAAAAAUACUAAUAGACAGUUUGACUAUUACAUAGAUGUAUAAGUGAUCCCAGUUUCUUGUUUGCUAUGAUACUAGUGUGUUGUUUUUACUUAUUCUAUAACAUGACAGUUGUGUCCUAGCCACAUCAGACAGCUAUCUAAGCUCUGGACUACCCCUUUGUGCAGCUGAAUCACUGCAGGGUUGACCAUGCCUGGGGUCACAGCAAUGGUUUCCAUUUCUAGAUGAAAGGAUGGCCUAGGACACAGGUCUCAAAGACUCUUGAAUCAGAAUCAGGAGAUUGGGGAAAACAGGAUGGACACCUGAGCACUAACAGCAGUAGACGUAGACCUCUGGCCUUUACCAUCUGAGGUCUUCUGGAUUAUUUGUGGGGUUGAUUUUGGUUUGAUGUCAUCUGUUUGCCCUUCAUCUUGCUUGCAAGUGUGCAUGGUUCAAUCCCUCGCAUCCAGGAAAUGAAUUUUGCAAUUGGGCCAGAUGCUAAUUUGCACGUUGAUUCACCUUCUUUGCCUUUAACCCUUUUUUUUUUUUUUGGCAAAUGAAUGUACCAUUUCAUCUUUGAUUUUAAUAGUGCUAGUUGAUGUUGGUAAUAAUGCUAACCAAGAGAUGAAUGCAGAUUUCUCUCUUGGGGUGAGUUAGCUGAAGUCAUUUAAAGAUGGAAAGAUGGGAAACUUCUUUGAUAUUUGAUGUCAUUGUAUCCACAUUUGUUGUAAGACAUAUUGCAUACCAAUUAUAAUUAUAUCAAUUAAAGUUGAUAAAAGCUUC